AGGUGUGGGGGGGUGGGGACGCCGCAGGGUCUCUCCUUCUGAGGGCUGGGGAGGGGAGUUUAUUUUGAAGGCCCAGCAAGCGUCCCGUCCAUGUGUCUGUCUCUGUCCGUCUCCUGUUUAGGGCUGGAACCGACUCGCCCAGCUCGCAGCCAACGCUCCCGCCUUCAGCCUUGCGCGCCCUGCCCCGCUCGGGCGCUGCCUGCGCGGCUGCCGCCCCCCCCCUCCCCCCACGGCUGAAGGGCGGGGCGCGCUGCUCUGCCUCCUGCCCUCCCGCCCCGCCCUCUUGGGGCUGACCAGCCCCGGAGCCAGCCGCCGCCACUUGAGCGCGGAGCGGGGCGCGAUGUCUCACGGGGCCCGGGUGAUCCGCACAGGCGGCAGCAGCGGGGCCCCCGGCAGCUCCUCUUGCCCGCCGCCCCCGGCGCCGGAGCCCGGGCUGGUGGACGGCGGCUACGCCCGCUCCUGCUCGGCCAUGCUGAAGGUCGCCCAGAUGAUAUCACUGCUGAUUGGAUUCAUCUGUGUAAAGAAUUCAGCGUGGACAAAUUACAGUGCAUUCAUCUACUUUGAAACUGUCACCCUGGGUGACUUGAUUAUGAUUCUUGUCUUUUAUUUUGUCUAUCUUUUCAGAGCAUACAGAAUGCUCACCUGUAUUAGUUGGCCACUUGCGGAACUUCUCCAUUAUUUAAUUGGUACACUCCUUCUUCUCAUUGCCUCUAUUGUGGCAACAUCAAAGAGCUAUAGUUCAGCAGGACUCAUAGCUGGAGCGACGUUUGGUUUCUUAGCUACAUUCCUUUGCGCUUUGAGCAUUUGGUUUUCCUACAAGAUCUCAUGUAUUACUCAGUCAACAGAUGCAGCUGUAUGACUGUUUGGCCACUGCAAGAUGUUUGUGCCUUUCUAAAAGGGAUAUCAAAGAAGAGGGUCCACCAUGUGCCAGCAGGAGAGAGUUGACAUUUAUGUGAUUGGAUUACAUACAGUAGAUUUGAAGAUUUACUUGAACAUCUUAUGCAAGGAGAGAAACCACCAAUGUUGGAACCAAAGAAUUUGGUGUCAAAACAGUUUGAUGGCAAAAUUGUUUUUUUGUGAGCUUUAGAGAAGUGCUCUUUCUGUCUCGUAAGCUGGUCUGUGGCUCCUAGUUGCAUGCAAUGAGAAUAUUCAAACCUCCUUUGGAAGAGUUGUUUAAUUAGGAUCUGUAUGAUUUUAAAGAUGGAAAGAUGAAUUCUGAUUUCCUCCAUGCAUUUGCAGAAGGGAAAUUCUGCAAAUUCACCUCUGAUUAUUAAUCUUCAAGGAUAAUUCCUUUAACAAAGCAACUCUUUCACACCAGUCUGUGCCUGGGAAACCUGCCUUAAGUUCUUUUACUUUCUCUUUUGUGGUCACUGAUAUUUUUUACAUCUGUUCGGCCAGCAUCAGAAAAUCCUUUUUCAGGAACCAUGUCUUGGACAACUCACUGUGAAUGCUUCCUUCUAACCUCAAAUGUAAACUGAGUUUUCUAGAUGCCAAAAUAAUUAAUUCUGUUCCUACAUUUUUAAUAUACAGUCAUUCAUAACCCCCAGAAAACUCUUUUUUUUUCUCUGUACUGUACAAUAGGUAUGCAAGAACAUGUGCUUAGUGGUGCACUAAGUCUGUUGCUUUCCUCCUCAUAUAUAUGUAUUUGCAUAUUUCCAUUCUCCCCUCCACAGAAAUAACUCAUGGAGAGGGUAACUGUGAGUUUCCCAGAAAUUAUUCUCUCGGGGGGGAGGGAGGAAGAAGGGGGAAGAGUGUGUGUGGGUGCAUGCAUACAUUUCUCCUAGAGUAGAACCAUCUUGCUCCUCCUACGUAACCUUCAAUCUGUAUGUAUGCCUCUUACCUCUGCUCUGUUAAAACUGUUCUUUCAGGGACACUGUGUCUAGUGUGGCUGCUCUUGGAUUCCUCCUAAAGUGGGGUUUCAGAGGAGGAAGAGGGAAACAGUGCCAGUUAAUGCAACCUAAUUCUGCACUUACCUUUCUCUAUUGUCCCCCUCGUCCGUCCUCCCCCCCCCCCCCGCAGUUCUAGAGAUGAGCAAAUCCUGAGCUCCCCCUCCCUACCCUUUCCCUAGUCCAUCUCCACAGAGCCAGAAACUCCCAGAGCCCUUUUCAAGAAAAGGGGAAGUGUGGCAGAGCUCUCCUCUUCCUGAGUUUGUAAAUGAAAUUGUGACUGACCUAAUUUUUACAUUUGUAUUGGAAAAUUAUUCCAGUGUAACUCUGGCUCAUGAAACAGCCAGGGAUAAAUGUGCCUUAAAUGUUACAGAUUUUUAACAACAUCCCACUCUGGCCUGGUUUUGUGCCUUACAGCUGUGUCUGGUAUUUGUUCUGUUCACUGCAGAUAGGAUGUCUAAAUUCACACAAUUAAAAAAAAGUGCUCAGGAAUAGUGCUGCUGCUCAGGAGAACAUAGUCCCCUAUUUAUCUACAGCCCACUUGCAGUAGGGUGCUUCCUUGCUCUGCCUUGCCAGUACACCUCGGCCAUGACCGGGCAAGUAUGAGAAGAGUUAAUUCUCUUUGCCUGCUCUGCUGAAAAUGCCAACACCAGGGCUGAUGCUGUGUGUGUUGAUACUCGUUCACUGACUAAGCCUCCCUGAGUAAUUUUACCCAACUUUUGGUGACUGGUCACUGACCAUGAUUUUGACUCGGACCCUAGAGGUUUAAGGACAGAUUUCUUCCAGGGCCAGAAGGUGAGUAUGUAUGAGUGAUAUACUACUUCUCUUCCCCUCCUGUGAAGGGAAUGCUCACAGUUACUGUGACAUUCCCCAGGCCCUCUCCCCCACCCAGCCCCGUGGAAAUGGACUUCUGACACAGCAAAGGCAACUACACACUGUCCUACAUAUGCAGCUUCCACAUCCUCACUGACUAUCGUAGCCAUGCAGAUUAGCCUGUAGGCAUGCAGCGAUGAGCCAAGAAUGCUAACAAAAAGCUGAGAUCUCUCAGAACAACGCUGGUUUCCACAGCUCUGUCCGUUCAUCUUUCCUAGGCUUUCUUCCUACUGCAAUGGUGUCUCUGACCCCUGUGCUGCAUUGCCAUGGGUGGGCCAUCUCCACCUCACCAGACACCUCCCCCAUCCCCCCCGCCCCAGGUUGGAAAAAUUCCCAACUAGGAGUUCAAUGCAUCCUAAAGGCCAUAGCAUUUCUGGAUAUCGUUCUGUGAUUGCCUGAAAUGUGUUUUCUGGAGAACUAAGGGAAACUCCCCCUUUGCCUUGCAUCUGUAUGCAGAACAAAAUGCUGUGAAUUUGCUGUAUAAUAUCAAAUACAAGCAUUUAAAAAUUAAUGAUACAUUUGUCUUACAGAAGAUAAUGGCUUGAGAAUCAGCCUUUGUGGAUGCCUAUGCAGUUUGUGACAGCUUAAUUCUUUUAAUUGCUUUAAAAUUGUUCAGUUUUUAAUUGCGCACCUUUCAAAUAGCGGUUGCAUAUGUUCUGCAAAAGCAGCUGAAAAAGAUUCUUCAGAAAAGGGCCGAGAGGAGGAGCAGCAGAUGACUGUGUCAAACGUGCACCCUCGAAGAGCAAAUCAUUAUGCGAGUGUAGUUGGCAUGCUGCCUGUGGCAAGGAAGGCUAGGAGAAUUCCAGCGAUUACCGAACAAUGGUACCUGAUACAAAUACUGUGAGUGAAGGAUUUUCAGUGGGUGCUGAAACACAUUCCAAAGUGUUCCAAAAUUCCAGAAUUCCAAAGUGAGCACAGGAGGGGUGUCUCAUUUAACUGUCACCUGUCAUAACUACAAGUACUAACAGCCUUCAAGUUGUUGCACACCUGAAGGAGCAACAAGAUAGAGCUAGAGAAGUGCUGCUUUUUAGCCUCUCUCUCCAUUAUUUUCAUAUUUCACAUACUCUUUCCUUCUGAGUAUACAUUCUGCACCAGCCAAAGGAAAAUGUUAUAAAUCGUAAUCUGAGCCUUAGGAAGGUGGCAUCAAUUUGCAGGUGAAUCACAUAGCUUAAGAUGAAGUAUUUAAUGCUUGGAUCUGUAGUCUCCAUAGCCCAUACAUGAGGAAAGCUGCAGCCUGGUCCAUUUAUACUUAAGGAACUUCAGGCCUUGUGCUCUGUCAAGGUGACAAUGCAAGUCUCAGCUGGGUAAAGUAGGGGCAUCCUGCUCUAAGAUGCAUAUACCAUCAUUUGAGGUGACAGUCACCCCCCCAGUAUGCAUGGCUUCUACACACUGCUGUCAUUGUUCUUCUGGUUAGAGCUUAGCAUGCUUUUUUGGUGCCUGUCUCCUGUUGUCCCUCUUAGGCAUAUCAGGUUGCUGGGCUGUAUUUCCACUUAGAACUAUCAGAAACUCUCAUCAAGUAGAGGUGUCCCCUCACCACACUUUGCUGUAGGUCCCACCUCAGAGCCUGUGUGCUCCCAGUACCUCCAAGCUCAGUGGUGGCCCAUGGAGUACAGUAACUGAAGCCAGGGUGAGGAGGAGGAAGCGAAGGAAACUGCUUCACACACGAUCAAAGCAGACACCAACCGCAGGUAGGGCAUGGAGUUCAAGCCAGUACUUCCCCUUCUUAUGCAGCCAGGGUAAUUGUGAACUGCCAUCUACCUCCUGCCUGCAGCCCAAGGGAGGAGCAGCAGAACUGGAGCCUGAUUCUACAUCAAACUGACAGUAGGAGAAGGAGAGGUCAGAGAGGAGUGAUUGCCCCACACUCUAUGCUGGUGGCUGUAAGUGGGUCCCUAUAAUUUUGUUUAGGGGUGGAAAAAGAGCAUCUGCAUCCCUGACUCUGGAAGACAGGGACAAACAAGAUCUAAGUGCAAGAGGAAGUGUGCAGGGGGCCAGGAAUGAGCAAAGGGGCUGGUUUUGAGGAAGGACUGAGGGCCUCAAAUCAGUUUUGCGAUUUGAGUCUUACACUGAGAAGACAUUUAUCUAUGAACAGGUUGUGUAGCUAAAAGCCAUUUGUGUUUCAAUGGUGACAGGACACUCAACAAAACAUGUUGCACACUAGGUGACAGAGGUAUAGGAAGUAGUCUAAUGAAUUGUAAAAAGCAGAAUGUGAUGAGAGCAUUGCUCUUUGUUGUGGAUAGGGGUUUUUUCCCCCAUGUAAAGAAGCAAAGAUCCCAAAGUCCAUGGGUAAUUCAGAGGACACUGUACUUCAUUUCCUUAGUGUCUUAGAACAAUGCAGUUACUUCAAUUUCAAUUCAGGAAGUGGUAUAAAUGCAGGAACUAAACUACAGCAGCAUCUUACAAUCCAUAGAUAUUAACAGUUACUAUGGGCUAGUCUGCAUUGGCAUAGCUAUGUGUCUCAAGGGUG